AUGGUAAACUUUUUCGAUGCAAUCCCAAGAAGAAAUAGAACAGGAUGGCGUAGGCCGCGAGCAACAGUUUUUCCAACCAUUCACGAAGAAGGCAAUUUGGUUGCGACUAAUGUUUUUAGACGGGAAAGUAGAAUGACUGCACUCGCACGUAUUGACUUACCCCGAUAUGCACCAACUCAUUCGACGUAUGAGCAUGGAAGCACGAGUGGCAACAUACAAGAUCUUCGCGAAGUUCAGAUGGAAGGAAAUAUCCCUCACGUCGACCACAAUCAGGAUGCUUUCAGUGAUGAAGAUAUUCCAGAUAAUCGAUCAUUUAUCCAUAGGAGCUAUCAUAAUUGUGCAAGAAAUUUUCAUGAAAGUGAAAGGUUCCAAAGAAUGCAGUUCCCUGCUCCAACUACAUGUAGACAUUGCAACACAAGAUUGUUCCACCGUGAAACAUCUACCAUGUGUUGUAAUAAUGGAACAAUUAUUUUGCCACCAGUAACAGCUCCAAAUGACAUGAUUGAUAUUUUCUCUGACCAAAUAGUGGAAGGUCGUCAUUUCAGACAAAAUAUUCGAGCCUACAAUCAUGUUUUCUCAUUCACUUCAAUGGGUGUUCAUGUUGAUGAAAACUUAGCAACAAGAACUCGAGGUGUGUACACGUUUCGUGCACAAGGAGCCAUAUAUCAUAAGAUUGGGAGUCUCUUACUAAAUUCUAGCAACAGACCGAGAUAUUUGCAACUGUAUGUUUAUGACACUGACCACGAGAAUGAGAAUCGAAUGUCUGAAAAUGAUGAAUUGCACUUGGAUUUGCUUGACAAGAUAAAGAAUAUUUUAAAUACUCAUAAUCCAUUUGUACACACGUUUUGCCAAUUGGCUCAGCGUCCAGACAUACAUGAAUGUAGACUUCAAAUCAAAGAGCAACCACGUAAUAGGCCCCAAUACAACCUUCCUACUGCUCCUGAAGUUGCUGCAGUUUUAUAUCCUCUGUUGUUACCCUACGGUUCAUAUGGAUGGGAUGUAAAUAUCAGAAGUAAUGAUGGCAGAAAAGUAACAUGUUGUGAUUUCUAUUCUUAUAUGCUACAGAUUCGCCCUGGUGAUCAAUCUCUUUUUCUUCGAGGAGGUCGUCUCUUACAGCAGUAUGUUGUAGAUAAUUACGUGAAGAUUGAGUCCAACAAAUUAAGAUGGAUACGUACUCAUCAGAAUCACAUUCGAGCAGAUUUUUAUCAAGGUCUUCUAGAUGCAAUACAUGCUGGUGAAAAUUAUGGAGGUAAUGUUGGUCGUAGAACAAUAUUGCCAUCGUCAUUUGUUGGUAGCCCACGAGACAUGUAUCAGCGAUAUCAAGAUGCAAUGGCUCUGGUCCAAAAGUAUGGAAAACCUGAUCUUUUCCUUACGAUGACCUGCAAUCCAAAUUGGCCUGAAAUUAAAGCUGAGUUGCUACCUGGACAGUCACCACAUGAUCGUCCUAAUUUGCUAACAAGAAUAUUUCAUUCAAAAUUUGAUGAGAUGAAGACCGACAUUCUUACAAAACAUGUACUUGGGAAGUUACGCACUCCUGAUGAUUAUGAUAACAUUGUCAGAGCUGAAAUUCCAGACAAGAGAUUAGAGCCUAGAUUAUACAGUGCAGUUCUGAAACACAUGAUACAUGGCCCAUGUGGAAUGUACAAUGAACGGUCCCCGUGUAUGACAAAUGGUCGGUGCAAAAGACGUUUCCCAAAGCCAUUUUCUUCAAUUACUACACUUGGAAACGAUUCAUAUCCUAUUUAUCGAAGAAGAGAAGGGGAGUCAGUUCCUGUAGAGAGUAAUCCAAGCGUCUUGGUGGAUAAUAGUUGGGUCAUUCCAUGCAACCCAUGGUUGCUCUUGAAAUAUGAUUUUCAUAUCAAUCUUGAAAUUUACAGUAGUGUUACAAGUAUGAAGUAUUUAUACAAAUAUGUUUAUAAAGGGCCUGACCGUGUUGCAUUAGAAGUUCGUCAAGGUCCUAAUUAUGACGAAGUACAACAGUUCAUAGAUGGAAGAUGGGUUUGUGCUCCAGAAGCAUUGUGGAAAAUAUUCAAAUUCUCAAUGACCAAAAUGACUCCUAGCAUAGAACGCCUCCAAAUACACUUACCAAAUAAGCAGCAAGUGAGGUUUUGUACGUUCCAAGACAUCACAAAUGUUUUAGGCGAUGACUAUUAUUCCAGAACAAUGCUUACCCAAUUCUUUCAAUUAAAUGUUGAUGAUGAAACUGCAAAUCGAUACUUAUAUCGAGAGAUACCGCAACACUAUAGAUGGUGCAAUAGCGCAAAGAUUUGGCAGUUGAGAUUGAACCAUGAAAGAGUAAUUGGUAGAAUUUACACAAUUUCGCCAUCAGAAAGGGAGAGAUUUUACUUGAGAAUUUUACUCAAUCAUAUUCGAGGACCAAAAUCAUUCGAUCAUUUGUUGAUGGUUAAUGGAAUUGCGUACCCAACUUUUAAACAAGCAACUGAACAUCAUGGUUUGUUAGAGCAUGAUGAUAGCAUACGACAAUGUUUGUUAGAAGCUGCAACCAUGCACAUGCCAUCAGCUUUAAGGAGAUUGUUCGUUACAAUUUUGGUUUACUGUGUGCCAACAGGGGUGCGAAGUUUGUGGGAUGAAAUUUAUCCUUACUUGAUUGAAGAUUACAUAUCAUCAAACAGUAUGAAUAAUAUGUAUAUCCUUAACAAAACCCUGCAAGAUAUAAACCGUCUCCUGCUACAGCAUAAUAAGAACAUAUCAGAAUACGAUUUGCCUGAGAUGACAAUGAAUUUGGAUGAUAAUGCAACAGUUCCAAAGGUCAUACAAGAUGAGUUUUCCAUUGUAACUCCUCGAGAAGACUUAAAUUCUAUUGCCACAUUAAAUAGUGAUCAACACUUAGCAUUCAAUUCAAUCAUGGAGGCUGUGGAAUGCAAUACUGGUGCAAUCUUCUUUGUGGAUGGCCCAGGAGGAACUGGAAAGACAUAUUUAUAUCGUGCACUAUUGGCCUCAGUGAGAAGUCAAGGGAGAAUUGCCAUUGCAACAACAACUUCUGGAAUUGCAGCUACACUUUUACCUGGUGGAAGGACUGCCCAUUCAAGAUUCAAGAUCCCCUUAAAUCCAGAGGCUUCGUCCGUGUGUUCCAUUCCUAAACAAUCAGAUUUGGCAGAAUUGAUUAGACGUGCAACAGUCAUCAUUUGGGAUGAAGCUACAAUGACAAAUCGUUAUGCUUUUGAAGCCUUGAACCGAACACUCAUAGACAUCACUGGUGUUGAUUAUCCAUUUGGUGGCAAACUUAUGGUGUUUGGUGGUGAUUUUCGACAAGUACUUCCAGUUGUUCCUAAAGGUACAAAAGCUGAAACUAUUGCUGCAUCGAUAGUCAAAUCACCUCUUUGGAGUCACAUUCAAAUACUUCGUUUAAAGCAAAACAUGCGCUCUAUAAAUGACCAACAGUUUGGUGAAUUUCUUUUAUCUGUUGGAAAUGGUGUACAACCUACCAUUAUAGAUGAAAUGAUCAAAGUACCAACAUCGAUGGCAAUACCAUGGAAUGGUGAAGAAUCAAUAGUUCAACUAUUAGAAGAAAUUUAUCCUGAUAUCAUAAACCAUUCUUUUGACGCCGAGUAUAUGGUUAGUAGGGGCAUAAUAACUCCUCGCAAUGAAGAUGUCGACAAGCUCAAUGAGAAAAUCAUUCAGAGAUUUCCAGGAGAAUCAAGAGUGUACCACUCAUUUGAUAAAGUUGAAAAUGAUACCCAAAAUUUGUAUCAACAAGAGUUUUUAAAUUCCAUUUCACCAGGAGGAACCCCACAUGCAUUGCAUUUGAAAGUUGGAGCCCCUAUUAUGCUUUUGAGGAAUCUUGACCCUUCUUCUGGUUUGUGCAAUGGCACAAGGCCACUGUGUCGAGCUUUGAACGAUAAUUUCAUAGAUUCAGAGAUUUUAACAGGACAUUUCAAAGGCACGAGAGUUUUCCUACAUCACAUUCCAUUAAAGGCUCCGGAAAACUUAAAACUUCCAUUUGAAAUGACUCGCACGCAAUUUCCAGUUCGCCUUAGUUUUGCUUUGACGAUUAAUAAAUCACAAGGUCAAACAAUUCCACAUGUGGGAAUUUACCUUCCGGAUCAUGUAUUUAGUCAUGGGCAACUAUAUGUUGCUUUAUCUCGAGGGGUGUCAGAUCAAACAACGAAAGUCUUGGUUAAAAAGGGUUCAGUUAAUAAUGAAGAAGGAGUGUAUACCCGCAAUGUAGUCUACAAAGACCUACUUCAGCUUUGGGAGAAUUAUCAGGAGGAAGCAAAUAUGGUUGCAGAUAAGAAAGUUAAAAAUCAGGUCAAACAGUUCUCCAUAUACAGUCUUGGAUGGAAGGUCUCUAUUAAAGUUGAUAAAAAAACAAUUGGGAAAAUUAAUUGUGCGAGAGCUUUUGAGGCAACGACAACAUCGUUUACUGUUGUCAUAGAUCUAUGGCAAAAAUUGCAUCAAAACAAUUUGAAGAGAUCAUUGAAUGUGACAUUUGAUAUGAACGAUGUCAAUCUAUGUCGAUAUGAUUUGCAGGAUCUCCGGAUUUGCAGGAUCUCCGGUCUCAUGUUAUCAAAUUUAGAUUUUAUAUGA